CAGGUUCUAAAUGUCUCGCAAUACCAGACUGCAUAAAUUGAUUCAUUGUACUUUAAAUAUCAGGGUCAGUUAGGAGAGGAGACUGUUGUCUUUCAGACUUCGACGGUGUGACAAGCAAAUUCUUGUGCAAUUUGAGAGCCAGUACGACUGAAUAUCGAAGCUUGUGCAACCAAAGAUCAGCUUUAGCUUGCACCUCUCCAACUUAAUAUACUCUUGAAAUGUCUUGCAAUCUUCAGGAUCCAAAGAUACUGGAAGCUUACAGCGAGAUUAUCGACUAUGAGCCAACCGACUGGCUCAUCCUAGGUUACAAUGAUACUCGAGAUGUAAUUUCAUUGUACGAUAAAGGUACCAAUGGAUUGAGUGAAUUCAGGGACCAUUUGAGGGAAGAGGUUCUCUUUGGAUUCCUUAGAUUGGAUGAUCGAUUCAUUUUGAUUACCUAUAUAUCAGAACAAGUCAGUGGAGUUCGCAGAGCCCGCGCCUUAGUUCAUGGUCGGGCCGUGGCAACCCUGAUGCCUGUCCAUAACGCACAAAUGACAGCAACAUUGCCCAGUGAGCUCAGCGACACCAACAUUUACACUAAACUGAAAGUUGGCGAAAAUAGAGUUCCAGGAAAAUCGAAUUCUCGACCACAAUCCAUGUCGAAGCGCAAUUCAAUGAGAAUCCAGAGUGGUGCAGCUGGUUUUACACCUUCUUCUCCCGUACCGUCCGAAAAUGCUCAACCAUCACCCGAAAGUGGCAUCAGUGAAGAGCCAGAAAUCAUCGAGCAUGAGGAUGCCACCCAAGCCGAGGAGCGUUAUCAAGAAGAGUUGAAACAGCAGCAAGAAGAAAGAGAACGACAGGAGCAAUUGCUUGAGGAGGAGAGGAUCCGUCAUGAACAGGAAGAAGAAGAGAAAAGAGCCUUUGCCUUGGCUGAAGAGCAGAAGCGCCAGGAGAUUGAAGAACAGGAACGAAAAGCUGCUCAGGAAGAAGCUGAGAAGAGAGCCAGAGAGGAAGAAGCAAAGCGAGCACAAGCAGCUCUUAAGCGCCAACUUGAAGAAGCUGAGCGCAACGGAAACACUCUUUUGACCGGUUAUGUCUCGGUAUUGAAUGAAAACUGCCCAUUCUGGAAGCGCCGGUUCUUUUCUAUCGGAAGCUCCAACAUGCUACUGUAUCGUGUCGAAGGGGUAAGAACAUGAGAAUAACUAUUUAGCUCCAUGA